ACUACUUUACUCACUCUCCUAGCGAUAAUAGAUUUGACAGAAAACAGGUUUAGUUUUUGUACUUAUCUACGUGCUCUAAAGAUGCGACCCAAGCAUUUUGAAAACAUCGUUCAGCAUCACAAGAAUUACCUGGAUCAGAAAAUUAUCGAUCUUCAGUACGUGCUUCAGAUUCUUAUAAACGCAUCAGACUUAAGCAGAGAGUGGCUGGAGAAUCCUCACCACCAUUUAGGCUAUACAGGACUCAAUCAACAGAUUGAACAUGCGAUAUCAUCUCUAUGUAACGAGGCCAUGAAGAUAACACAUCAAGGCCCAGACAACCAAUCCAAAGACGUGACAAUAGUUUCCCAGCCACCACUACAGAUAGACAAAACUGUUAAUGUCAACACUUCUACAGCGGCAGUGCCAUUGGAGGAGAAAGUCAAACAUACUAAAGGAAUUUUAAAAGCUAACUGUUGGGCAGAGAGUUCCUACUAUGAUCCCAUUCAUAUGCCAAGCUGUUAUACAGGUGUCAUUAACCCAAGUUUUUCGGAAGAGGCUAACAGCACGGAAUGCCUCUUUGACGAUGAGAAUAUGUCGCUACUCAAUGAAGUUAGCAGCGUCAGCUCAGUUUCUACCUAUGAGUUCUGCAUGAAAGAAAAGAUCCAGGUACAGGAAUGUUUUCUCUUCAAAACUAAAGUGCGGAAAUUUACCAGAAGCAUACAAAAUUUUUUUUACAAUAUUAAGGUAAAAAGACAAUGGAAAAAGUUUACCUGAAGAGAAAUUCUGCGCAAUUUGAAAGAGACGCGAGAAACAAACACGUAUCCGGGCAGCCUCGAUGUCAUCCAUUU